CUCUUUUCCAUUGCUUCUUCUCUCUCUCCUCCACACCAAUGGGCUCUCACCACAUUUCUCUUCUCGCCGCUUUAGUGGUACUCGGCUCCCAUCUCCCACUGCCGACUUCAGCUUCAUCCUCGCCCUGCGCCUUCCCGGCCAUCUUCAACUUCGGCGACUCCAACUCGGACACCGGAGGGCUGUCGGCAGCCUUCGGCGCCGUUCCACCGCCCAACGGGGAGACCUUCUUCGGCGCUCCGGUUGGGAGGUACUGCGACGGCCGGCUCAUCAUCGACUUCAUCGCUCAGGACCUCGGACUUCCUUUCCUCAAUGCAUAUCUUGACUCGGUGGGGACAAACUUCUCCCACGGAGCGAAUUUUGCUACAGCAGGAUCCACCAUCCGAAGACAAAACACAACCUUGUUCCAAACUGGUUACAGCCCUUUCUCCUUGGAUGUCCAGUCAUGGCAGUUUACACAGUUCAAGUCCAGAUCCCAACCAGCUUCCAAGAAAGGAGCCGUCUUCAAAGAUCUGUUACCUCCGCUGGAAUACUUCUCUCGGGCUUUGUACACCUUGGACGUCGGCCAGAAUGACCUCACUGCGGGCUAUGUCAGUAACAUGACCACCGAAGAAGUUAAAGCAACCAUCCCUGACAUCCUCACCAAAUUCACUGAUGUUAUAAAGGCUGUCUACGGGCUGGGUGGGAGAUUCUUUUGGAUCCACAACACAGGUCCUUUCGGUUGCCUGCCUUAUGUUCUUGACCGGUACCCUCUACGGGCACCUGAGGUCGACCAUGUCGGCUGCGGAGCUCCGUUCAACGAAGUGGCUCGCCUGUUCAAUUUAAAGCUCAAGGAAACCGUGAUGCAGCUCAGGAAGCGCUUCCCUCGUGCCGUGUUCACCUACGUCGACGUCUACACCGUGAAGUAUACGCUGAUAAGCCAAGCAAGGACGCACGGCUUCGAGCAUCCGCUCGUGGCGUGCUGCGGGCAUGGCGGCAAGUACAACUACGACAUCCACUGGGGGUGCGGAGCCACGGCGGUGGUGAACCACACCAAGGUGCUGAUCUCCAAGUCGUGCGAGGAUCCCUCCAAGAGGAUUUGCUGGGACGGGUAUCACUACACGGAGGCUGCGAACAGGUGGGUGUACGAUCAGAUUGUGAAGGGUGCGUUCUCGGACCCUCCAAUUCCAGUAACAAUGGCCUGUCGAAAGCAGAGUAACUAAGAUAAGCACUGUGCCGCUGCUCUGCUCCUAAUAAUGCUGCAUGAACGACAUUGAAUUAUAUGAUUAAGAAACCUUCAACCA